AUGGUCGUCGUCGUCGCGCGGCAAAUGAAGUUGUUCACAAGGUCAGUAAUAUGCCCAAACGCAAAUGGAAGAAGGGAAAAGGGCAAGGACGUACGCGGCUCGCGAGCCGCCUCGCCUGAGGUUGCUGGUCUAUCCGGGUGGUCGUCGGCCGUGAAAGCUGUCGGGCCGUCGGUCGGCCGUGAAAAUGGCCGUCGUCGGCACCCGGCGAGAGACGUCGUGCGCAAAGUUAGCAGUAUGUCCAGACGGGGAUGGAAGAAGGGAAAGGGAGGGGACUUACGCGGCUCGCGAGCCGCCUCGCCUGGGGUUCCCGAUGUAUCCGGGUCGUCGAUCGGUCGGUCGUCGUUCGGGUGCUAUGCCGGGCUGGGAGCCCUCUUUGGAUCAGUGUAGCAGCAGGGAAACAGACGACGGCACUGGCCGAACAAGGGGGUGGAGAGGGAGUUCAUCUUAGCUUUAGGUCACCAACACUGCGUAGAAGUGUGAACUCGUCGCUGGUGUGAUCUCCCCGGCGCGAAACGUGACACAGUCGAGAGAAGUUUGGUAUGGCGGUAUCAUCUCCGCGCGUGCCUCCCCGGCGAUGGAAGCAUGUCCAGUCGGGAGAAGUUUGGUAUGGCGGUUCGUCUCCGCCCAGCCUGCCCGGCGCGUAAACCAAGCAACAGUCGACAGGGGGUUCCUACCGUUUUCCUUCGGGUGGCGGUGACAGUUGCCUUUGCUGUGUCGGGGCAACAAGCAGCGAGGGCCCGCGGGUGGUGCCAACGCCUGUCGGGAUCCGGUACUUUCCUUCCCAUCACCCUCAAGUCACCUACACAGUUCAGUUGUAAAGGCGGGCCUUUUAACGACAUAUCCAAGGUCGCCUGUAGAUAUAUAUAUUAGCGGAAUACAGAAUACUUGAUAUAGAAG